CAGAGAGCUGUAAUUGAUUGCUUAGCUGUCAAGCGCCCUUCAGUGAGGCGCUGCGGUCUGUGAACUUCACUGACCGCAAAACAAGCGAGAAACUCUCUCACCGCGUCGAACCUCACCGCGCUUGGAUUUUUACAAAAGUGGGAGACUGUACAAUCCUCAGCAGUGUUCUGAGACUGUACAGUCGCUUUUGCAUUGCUUGUGGACUUUACUGCAAUUUCACUUUCAGCUUUGCGUCAUUCACUUUAACGCUUGUUUGCUGUGGUUUGGUGCGUGUCUUUGCACGGAGAGCUGGUCCUGUUGAACUGCGGGAUUUACGCGAGAACAACGCGAUGACAGCUGAGAAAGAGAAAAAGAGGUGCAGCUCAGAUCGGCGUAAGGAGAAAUCUCGUGAUGCGGCACGCUGCAGACGCAGUAAAGAGACAGAGGUGUUUUAUGAACUGGCUCAUCAUCUUCCCCUUCCACACAACAUCAGCUCACACCUGGACAAAGCAUCCAUCAUGAGACUGGCCAUCAGCUUCCUGCGAACACGCAAACUCCUCACCUCAGGCUACGCUACUGCCACAGAAAUGACAGAUGCAGACAGACUGAUGGACAGUUGGUAUCUGAAGUCACUCGGUGGCUUUAUUACAGUGGUAACAUCAGAUGGAGACAUGAUUUUCUUAUCAGAGAACAUCAACAAAUUCAUGGGUCUCACUCAAGUGGAGCUAACAGGACACAGCAUCUUUGAUUUCACUCAUCCCUGUGACCAUGAAGAAAUCCGCGAGAACCUCAGCCUCAAAGCCAGCAUGGGAAAGAAAGGCAAGGAGUUGAGCACAGAGAGGGAUUUCUUCAUGAGAAUGAAAUGCACAGUCACGAAUCGUGGGCGCACCGUCAACCUCAAGUCAGCCAGCUGGAAGGUUCUACACUGCACGGGUCAUCUAAAGGUGUGUAAUGGCUGCCCAGCACGAGUUCUGUGUGGUUAUAAGGAGCCGCCGCUCACCUGUGUGGUCAUGAUGUGCGAACCUAUUGUCCAUCCAUCAAACAUCGACACACCCCUAGACAGCAAGACAUUUCUGAGUCGCCACAGCAUGGACAUGAAGUAUACUUACUGUGAUGAAAGGGUUACAGAGUUGAUGGGCUACAGUCCUGAAGAUCUUCUUGGACGAUCUGCGUAUGAGUUCUACCAUGCUCUAGAUGCCGAAAAUGUCACUAAAAGCCACCAGAACCUGUGCACUAAAGGCCAGGCAGUGAGUGGUCAGUACAGGAUGUUGGCCAAGAAUGGGGGCUAUGUGUGGGUGGAGACCCGGGGUACCGUCAUCUACAACAGCCGCAACUCCCAGCCCCAGUGCAUUGUGUGCGUGAACUACGUGCUGAGUGACGUUGAGGAGAAAUCUUUGAUCUUUUCAAUGGACCAGACUGAGUCUCUGUUUAAGCCUCACAAGUUGAAUGGUUUCUUCAGUCCAAAAGAAACCCUGGGCAGUGAUCCAGCUGAUUUGCUCUUCACCAAACUCAAAGAGGAGCCUGAAGAUCUCACGCAGCUGGCACCAACACCUGGUGACACCAUCAUCUCUCUUGAUUUUGGCCAGCCUCAGUAUGAGGAGCACCCAGUGUACAACAAAGUGUCUUCAGUUGCACCUCCUGUCUCUCACCCUGUUCAUGAUGGCCACAAGACAAGCUACUCUGGAGAAAUGCCCAAGAUGGCCGCCACUUUCUCUCUCCCUCAAGCUGCACCUCCAAGUAGUGCAACUCCCAGCCUAAGCAGCUGCUCUACGCCCAGCAGUCCAGAUGAUUACUACACCCCUGUAGACAGUGACCUAAAGGUUGAGUUGACCGAGAAACUGUUUUCCUUGGACACGCAAGAGACAAAGACUUCCUGCAACCAAGAGACUGACUUGAGUGAUCUGGACUUGGAGACACUGGCUCCCUAUAUCCCUAUGGAUGGUGAGGAUUUCCAGCUCAAUCCCAUCUGUCCAGAGGAGCCGCCAUCUGAGAUUGGAACCCUGGGAACCAACCAGCAGUGCUUCAGCAACAUCACAAGCCUCUUCCAACCCUUAAGUUCACCUUUAGCAGCUAAUUACCAGCCCAAAAUUAGUUCAGGAGGGGAUAAGCAGAACAUCAAUGGAGUCUCUGUGGAAUCAUGGCCACCUGUUCCUUACAGCAGGGAUCCCAUGCAGAUGCCUCCAUACCAUGAUCCCACCAGCACACCGCUGUCCUCUAUGGGAGGGCGUCAGAAUCUCCAAUGGCCACCUGAUCCUCCAUUACCCAGCAAGGCUGGAAUGAUGGAUCCUUUAGCUGCAAAGCACUCUUGCCAAGGCAUGCCAGCAAAUCGAAUGGCACCUUAUUUGCAAAGGCCCAUAGAGAACUUUGUGCAGAACUACAGAGAUACAAGUCCAGCUCGACUUGCUCUUGCUAACAGUUUCAAACGCUCAUUCUCACAGAUGGCCAUGGCAGAGACACCACCUACUAAGUCUCAACAGACAGUGUGGAAGAAACUUCGCCAUGAGAGCUGUGCGGUCAUGGAAAGGAAAUCACUCAGUAGUAGUGCAUUGUCAGACAAAGGCAUGGCCCAUAAUGGAGGCAUGGACCACCAGCACAGGAAGAGCCAGUACUCGGGCAAUCAAAAUGCACAACCAAAAAAACACUACCGAGAGCAGUGCUGUAACUACAGAGAGUUCAACAUGCAGCCUUCCUCCAAAAUGGAUGGAAUUGUGAGCCGUCUUAUCGGGCCCUCCUUCGAGACCUACUCACUGCCUGAACUGACGCGUUACGACUGCGAGGUCAAUGUCCCCUUGCAAGGCAAUCUUCAUUUGCUUCAGGGCAGUGACCUCCUAAGAGCAUUAGACCAGGCGACUUAGACCAUUUUCUAUACUAGCACACAGAAAUGCAGUCCAGCUUUACUGACCCGUUCACUCAUCUCACUGUCACCAACCUGACGAUAACUAUCCCAGCUUUAGCACACUUCUAGACAGGCUUGUGUUAAAACCCGCUCACGGUCACAUCACAGUCAUGACUGCAUGACAAACCUAUCUUUGAUCUUAUUUGUAUUGUCUACAUCUUCAUAAAUUAUAUACAUGUACUAUUUUUUUAGUUGCAAGAAAGUUGAUGAACUUAAGUAUUUUUGGAAGAGUUUAAAUGUUGCAUUGUCUCUUUGGUUGGCUCUGCUUGAAUUUAGCUGAAACUGAAUUUUCAACAUGUUCUUCUCUAGUCGCUUUCUCUAUCAACGUCAGACAAAAAAAAGAGAGAAAGAAAAAAGAAAGAAAAUAAUCUACUGUAAGCUUGUUUUUAAAUGUUCUAAUUUCUUUCAUUCGUUCUAACUUUCCUACCUCUGACACGUUAUUAAAGACCCCAUGAAAUCCAAAUGCCAGUCUCUAGCCUCCCUUGGAAUACAAGGCGAACUUUAAAUCACAUUACAUAUCCUGCUACUCUCGACCAAUCAGCACUAACGUUAGCUAUUCUUCAAUCUGCAUACUUCAACUCAAGCCCCUUAAAAAUGCAAUAUAAUAAGCACGACAUAGUAAAAUCAUACCAGAAAAAACAGGAAUUACCAGUAUUCUGUCAAAUUAGAGGACAGGAACUGUUUAUGAAAAUAUUAAUUUAUUUGGAAUGAAAUCUUUAUUGUUGUUAUUAAAUAAAAACAGGUGGUUCAGUGGUUAUCACUGUGGCCUCACAGCAAGAAGGUUGCUGGAGUCCCAGCUGGACCAGGUGACAUUUCUGUGUGAAGUUUGCAUGUUCUCCUCAUGUUCACGUGGGUUUCCUCUGGGUGCUUCGGUUUUCCCCACAGUCCAAAGACAUGUGCUGUAAUCGAAUUGGGUAAACAAAAUUGGUUAUAGUAUGAGUGUGCAUAGGUGUUUCCCAGUACUAGGUUGCAGCUGGAAGGGCAUCCACUGUGUAAAACAUAUGCUGGAUAAGUUGGCGGUUCAUUCCGCAGUGGCAACCCCUGACAAAUCAGGGACUAAGUUGAAUGAAUAUGAAUGAAUUGAUUAAAUAAAAGUACAUAAGCUUAAUUAUGCUUUAAGUUACACUUUAAAUAAGGGGUCUUCAAAGACAAAGGUUGAGAACUGCUGUGCUAGUGUACUACUUAAAGAUAACGCAUUCUGUAUACUUCAAAAUGGGGGUCUCGACUCUGUCCCUCGAGUUGUGCUUUUCCCUGCUGAAUAUAGCUUUAAUCACAAAGAAAUAAUAAUAAUAAUAAUUCUUGCCGAUAAGAAUCUAGUUUUUCCUAAAGACAGCUUAUCCUGUUCAUGUGUGUUUGAUUAGAUUUGGAGCUCCACCUUGCAGGAAAGUGGAGCUCAAGGCCAGAGUUUUUAUAAUGUGCCAACCUUUUUAUUUGUGCCCAAUCAGAUUUCAAAAUGACGAAUGCCGUCAACUAGUAAAUUACAAUGCAAGGUUGUGGCGUGGUUAAAGCCUAUUUGGUAUUGAAAACAUAACUAUUCCUUCAGUAUUUCUGACUAAAACUGCCAAUAACAAAAAGAAAAUUGCUCUCAUAAACCAUUUCAUGGGGUCUUUAUGAUUUGUCCUCACUGACCACUUUCAGUGUUUGCUAUUCAUGUGCCUUCCUCUGUUCAGUUAGUGGCAAUACUGUGUUUCUGUCUCUGUUUAUUGCCUCAUUGUGGAGACCACUUUAAAUACAUAUAUUUUUGUCAAUUUAGCUGUAAACAUAAAUAUUUAAAGUAAGACGCUCUACUAUAGAUUUCUACUAUGAUGAUAAAGUUAAGCAUUUAUUUGUUCUGGUACUUUGUCUUGUCUACUCUGUAGAUGUAAAUCAGAGUCCUUCUAGAAACUGCAGUGAUGGUGUCCUGUGUACUUUCUUGGUGGCAUUUAUUUUCUGCAAAUAUGCAAAUGCAUAUUACAUUUGUUGGCAGGCCAGUACAGUUGUGUUCAAAACUAAGCUUUUUUCUUAAGCUAAAGACAGAAAAAUCAGUUUUAGACAUCUUGUGUAGCAUAUCAGAUAAUUAAAAUGAGUUUAAUCUUAGAGUAAUCUUGCAUUAUUUGGUGCUUUCAUGCAAUUUGAUCCAUAUGCAUACUUAAGUAAAUAACAUUUACUCUUUUUAUUUGAAUUACCGAUUUGGUUGUCUUUAAAGUUGAAUCAUAAAGCAUCCAACUGAUUUAAUAAGAUAUGAUCGCUGUAAUAUGCACUAAUGUAGCAAGAACUUUGUUGUUGGUUCUUUUUUUAGCUGAAACACAUUUUCAUAGAAUAUUCUUAUUACAUUUUUAAGCCCCUGGUGGAAAAAAGUGAUUUAAAGUAAUGGUACAAAGAUAAGGUUUAGCACACAAUCCGGUUUUUAAACUGAUUUUUGUGCACAGGCUGGAUACGUGUUGUUUUAUGUUGGAUUAGCUGUUUGAGUCUAUAGCUCAGACUGAGAGAGUGGCUAUGCACAACUAAGCAAAGCUAAUUUGUAUAUAAAGAUAUAUGUGAUUUUAUUUUAUAAUAAUUAUCUUCAUUACUGUCGUUCCCCAAAUCCCUCCUAUUUUUGUAUUAUUUAAAGACAAAACAAAUAAACUCUCCCUACUGUGAUGUUAAAAAGAAGUCAUUAGCUAUUUAUAAAAUUCAGAAUUUAUUUUUUUAAAAGUGUUUUAGUAGUAUGUUUUAAGAGCUAUAACUUAUCCUGUUUUGAGAAUUAUUAUUGAGAUUAAUGGAAGUAACCAAAAACGUUACAAUGUGCUAAAUUGUCACAAUGCAAAACAAAAUUUAAUAAUAUAACAAAAUAAAUAUAAUUUAUUUAAUUAUUCUGUUUUUAGUAUUUUGGGGUACCUUUUUUUUUUACCUUUAUUAGAGUAUUUAUCUGAAAUGUACACUAAAGUUAGCAGGAGCAUCUCAUGUUAUAACCUGUCAGAAGCGUUAAACUCCUUGUACAAUCCAGAUGUCAACCUAGAUUUGACAAACAUUUUACUGCCUGAGAUACUUUUGUCCUGUACAGUGAUGGACAGUUACAGUAUACUCAAUAUAGACAGAUAACAGGUGUCCGAGCUGUGAGGGACAAACAGAGAGAUAACAUGCAGAUCUCUUGUCUUAAAUGAGAUUCCAUUUUGUAAUUGGGUGAAAGUCAGUGUAUUUCUGCAAAUAAACCAGAUGCAUUAACACUCAAUGCUCUUUCAUGCCUGGAUCAAGGAAAUGCACAUGGUGAUACUCUCAUAUUCAAACUGUUACAGGUGCUUUAACCCAAGCAAAUCUAGCUCUAGAUUAGGCAUUCAAAACUAAGCUUUUAAGCAAUGCAGUAUUCCCAUUACUAGAAUAUUCAGAUAUUAAUGCCAAAGGUGAAAAGUGCAGCCAUGAAAAUGAGAUUUUACAUUGAAAAUUUGAAUGUGCAGAAAGUGCUUGUUCAUGUAUGUCUUAUAUUUCCUAUUAUGAAGGUCAUUCACCAGACCGAGACCCCCUAAACCCACCAGCAUUAUUUUCAAAUGAUACUGCCCUUCAUGUGCCCAACUGGUUUUGUUUUGUCUUCAACUUUAAAGACAACAUUAGGAUGCUGAUACAUAAAUAGGCAGUUUCCUAUAUAAAAAAGUAAGUACAUACAUAUUUUAAUAUGAUAAAUGUAUAUUGACAUUAUAAUGAUACUGUUAUUAUGAUUAUUAUUGACAUUACUGUAUGGUAAAUUUUACCCAGUAAGUUGUAUCUCUGCACUGAUAUCUUAUUAAAGCAUAUCAAUCUUC